AUGGAUCCGUACGAUGCAUACGGCGGUAUGGACACCGAGGAGUCUGGGCCAAAGGUGACAAUACGGAAUGCCGAUGCGACGACAAUCAAGUUCAACCUCUCCAACACCAGUCUCGCCUUCGCCAACUCCGUACGGCGCGUGAUGCUCGCCGAGAUACCCACAAUCGCCAUCGACCUCGUCGAAAUCGAGAACAACACCUCCGUCCUCGCCGAUGAGUUCCUCGCCCACAGAUUAGGCCUCGUACCCCUCAGCACAAAAGGCGUAGACGACAUGGUGGAUUUCCGCGACUGCACAUGCGACGACUACUGCGACAACUGCAGCGUAGUCCUGCGUCUGAACGUAGCCAACCGAAACAGCGACCAGAACCUCAAAGUCUUCGCGCGGGACCUCUUCGUGGAAUCGCAAGCAGGCUACGGCGGUCGCGCGAAUGGCGCAAACGGCAGCUCAUCAGACGACCUCCCACCUCGAGGAUCACCAAUCCUCAGCGAUCAAGCUCAGAAAGGGCCCCUAAUAUGUCAACUCCGAAAAGGCCAGGAGCUCAAAGUAAAAUGCGUAGCAAAGAAAGGCAUCGCAAAAGAGCACGCGAAAUGGGCCCCCACAGCAGCGAUAGGAUUCGAAUACGACCCCUGGAACAAGCUACGGCAUACGACGCUAUGGUACGAGACGGACGCGAAAGCAGAGUGGCCAGAACCCGAGAAGAACGGACAGUGGGAGGAGAAGCCUGCAGAGGGUGAGCCAUUCAACUACCAAGCAGAGCCAAACAAAUUCUAUAUCGACCUCGAAGGCACAGGCGUCAUGCCGCCCGACCAGAUCCUGCACUCGGGGAUCCGGGUUCUGCAGAAUAAGCUGGCAGGCAUCAUUCGAGAUCUGAACGCAGGCGCAGACGAUCAGAACGGGUAUGGAGGCAUGAGCCCACAGCAGGGCUACGGCGACGGUGCAGGGACGGCAUAUGGAGGCGGCGCGACGGCAUAUGGUGGACAGACGGCUUACGGACAAACGCCGCAGGACCCGAUGUAUGGAGGGCAGACACCUGGUUAUGGUGGUGGCGCUGGCAGUGUCUAUGGGCAAGCGACGCCGUAUGGACAAUCACGAUUUUAG